GAUAAAAACAGAUAACAACAUUUUGUUUGAACUCGAAUUGGGGAGUACAUACCCGCUGAUAACGCGUGUUGAUUCUUAAAUAUACACCGGAAAUUAACCACUACAUCGGUGUUUCAAAGUUCUAUUUCCUUUUUUAGUCCAGAUUGGAAGAAUAUAACUCUAAAAGACCAUGCUAGGUCACGUGAUUCUAGCUUUCGGGCUGAUCACCUUGGUGGUCGGGCAGUAUGACACGUCCGUAUGUACGAUCGACGGAACGACCCCGCCCCCUGGCAUAAGUGGCCAGAACGUGAUCAAGCCAAAUAUUGCCAACCAGUUUCACACCCGCAUUGAAGUGGUUCUAGUUAACAAGAAUCAAACGCAAAUCUUCCACGAAUACUUCGACGCCGUCAACAACCGUGGCUUCAUGGAUCAACAGAUGGACAAUUUAAACUUUGCGGCGUGGUAUAAUUACGGAACCAACCAAUUUAUUCAGCUUGCCCGUAAUGUUCCGGUAAACACACCUGGUGCCUGCACCGUUACCGACCUCUCGAACUCCGACCAGCGAUAUCUCCUUGGUUACGAAGUUGUCAACGGUCAAGGUACAAUCUUUUCGGCAGCAGGGGCUCUCCACUGGUCUGGAAAUAAUAUAAACGAGGUCUAUAUGGGGAAAACAAUGGUCCGUGACAUCUCUGUAGACUGGUGGCGGUCGUGUCAGUAUUGGAGCGGCAUGGGGGCAACGAUGGUUGUAGACUGGUAUUUUUCGGCACGUGGCGCCAACUGGACUUCUUCCACUGGCGCAGACGCUGUCCCCGUGCAGUGCCACGUGAAGGGAAAAGCGGCGAAGAACGGCAUAACACACGACUUUGAACACUACUACAACUUCUUUGAUUAUCAGCCUACCAUAUCAGCGGAUGAGACACAAGUUUUCGAAACUCCGAGGGGCGUGGUUUGCCCUGGAAAAAAAUUGGUGCAACCUUUCCCGGCAGUUCCGAACGACGCUUUCUCCUUCACCACGGAAAUACUCGAUCAAGCUGGGCAACACAUUUCCUUCAUGAAGGAAACGUUUUUUUAUACCCAAAAACUGGUGAAAUUCGAGUACAGACCACAGCAAGGGGAUUAUGCCCCUUACGGCUUGAAUGAUCUUAUCGAAAUCCACGAUUUUCAUUCAGGUGUUGCCUAUAUAACGGACAGAUUGCGAGGCAAUUGUACCGCGCGACCAAUCGAGACAUCUCAAUUCGACAACAAGGCUUCGGGUGCUAACAAUGUCCGUAUUAGAAGCUCCAACGAGUUCUUCUACUUUGACGUUUCUAAGCAGUCGACGUCAUAUGAAGGAGUGAAAAAGAACCGCAACAUCGACUGCGACACUUGGGUAGCGACGAGGUCCGAUUUCCCCUUUAGUUUUCCAUCCAACUCGACUUGGGAAUGGUACUUCGCUACGAACAACUGGAGCUAUCCCAGCGCAGGACCAGAACUUGGCGCCAUUCCUGUGCAGAUGAGAAUCAGUAUCCCGGAUCGCGGAUGGAACUACCAGUACAACAUCUACGACUUCAAGAAGGACAAACCAAAUAUCCUGCAUUUCGACAUUAGCGGAUGCUAUCGCCCGGAGCAGACCCGAAAAUUCCAGUUCAUGCUAAACGUAACCAGUGACGCCAUGACUGCCAUUACGUCUAACAUGAACGCGUUCAAGUAUUACGUUCUCGAGGCAAUAACCAUGGUUACGGGCAUUAACCCAAUCCGAGUGGCGCAUUUAAAUGUCUACGUUGUUGACGUCAUUAUUGUUACGUUCGAGCUGCUUGAUAAGUCACCAGUUGUUGGUGACGUACAACGGGCAUCUGACUACCAAGAGGUGGAGUUAGAUUUCGCCGCAGACACCUUGGCGUCAACCAUAUCGAACGGCAACUUCGUUGUCAACCUCGGUGGAGACCAAUUUUCCAACAUCGGACCAUUAGUCGCCUUACCGAACAGCAUCGUCGAGAUAACGUACAUGAACCAGACGACAACGACGAUUCAGAGUCAGAUGCAGACCGGAUAUGGACCGGGACCAAUGGCAGCUGUGGGUGUCACGAUGCCGUUGCUUGGCGCGGGACUAGGAGUUGUUUUUGCAUAUUUCUUUUUUAAAUAGACUCACUUAUGUCUCAUGACGUAAUCAUUGCGUCAUCGUGUAGUACAAGCUUCGUACGAUUUUCGUGAUAAUAUUCCUUUAAUGAUUUAUUUAAUUUGUUUUUGUUUCUAAAUUCUAGUCGUUAAAAUAGCUUGUUGGGACUGAAGUAUCGAUUCCCUUUAUAAUUUACCUAGUGUACUACUAUGAAAGCAUAUACAUUGUAGAAUAAAUCUAACACUCGUACUCAAAUGUGCAAUAUUU